AUGGUCCAAUACAUGAAUAUAUACAACGAGGUAAUAGAAUGUGUGCAGAACAACCUUCAAGUGCAGAAAUCGGAGUUAAUGACCAACAUUGUGAACGCUAUUGCUUUUAGAAUACUAGAGCUCAAAAGGAAUUUAUGGGAGCUAGAAAGUAGUCCUUUCCACUACGUGGGCACAGCUUUAAUUGUGAAUAAACUCACAUACGAUCCUGAGAUGACAGCGGUGCCAAAAAUUAAAAGAUCGCCACUCGUAAAGGAAGCUAUGGAAUCAGCAUUUCAAAGGGUGAAAGAGAAAAAGGAGGCUCCAGAAGAACCUGAAGUUUUAGAGGAAGAAGAAAUAAGUGAUUUUACGAAACUAGAACAAAUGCGCAAAGAGUUUAUGUUAAAAUUUCGAGAAGAACAAGAGGAGCAAAAUGAAAAUGAUGUAGAAGAAAAUAUUUUGUCAGAAGAAGAACGUGUCAGAAUGGACCAUUUGAAUUUAAUAAAGGCACAUGAAAAACUCAGGCAAUUAACGAGAUCUGUAAAACUUGCGACGCUAAAAAGGGAAGCAUGGGCGAAAGAACUACUUGGUACGGCUGCACCUCCAGCCAGAUACGAACUAAGACAGAAGGCUGCUAGAUUUAUACAAAGAAUAAUCAGAGCAUAUUUCGAGAUAAAAAGAAACCAUAUUAAAGAAUGUAAACGAGAUCAGAUACUUGGAUUGGCAAUUUGUAAGCACCCUUCUGUAGAGAAGAACAUAAAAGUUGAACAGAAGCCGAACAACUAUGCGGAAUUGUACGAACAAUAUGAAAAGGAGUGUGCAUCACACAAAUCGAAAAUAACACAGCAAUAUAUGAUUAGAAAAGGCGAUGAACUAUCUGGUGACUUCCGUGAUCGUAUUAUGGCAUGGUUCUACGAAUGGUUUCAAUCCAUCUCAUUUAUCCACGAAAUUCCCAAAGACGGGUCUAUUGCUAUCUUCAGAGAAGAACUUCCAGAUCCUGAGGAUUGGCUUGAAGAAUACAAAGAAUAUCUAAGUAAAAAAAAAGAUAACGCAGGCAAAAAUCCUCAAGAGCUAAAGUAUGAAGAGCAACAAGCCAAGGUAUUACAGAGGCAAGAAAAAAAGCAAGAGAAAAUGCGUCAGAAGGCAGAAGCAGCACUGCUGAAGAAAAUGAUGAAAUUUCCAGGGAUGCAUCCAGGUUAUCAUUAUAAACAAUCGAAGAGAACUAGCGAACUGCUAGAGUUAAUACACAAUUACCACAAAUCUUGGGGCGACUAUGACUCUCAAGACCAUUUAGAAGCAAAACGCAAAUAUAUUAACGAGAUAAACGUACAAGAGGCACACAUGAAUGUGCAGCUCGAGAUAUUACAGAAAGUGGACGAGGAUAUGAAGUUGAUAUAUCUUAAACUAAAAAAUGCUCUACAAAAGGAUUAUAACAAUAUUGGCGAAGACAUGCCAGAACAGUUUGAAAAGACUAAACGCAAGAAGAAACAAAAGAAGUUAAAAGCGGUUCACAGCGAACGGAUUGCAGAUAAAUUAGAGACUUUGGCGAUGCAAGGUUUUGUUGUGGAUUAUCCUGAAACAAAGCUAGAGGAUUAUAUUGGAGAUCCUAAUUUUUGUGGAGAUGAUUGUCGUCGCUUGAUUGUGCCAACAUUUCCCCAAAGCUAUGAAGUAAGGUCAUACUGGUGGGAGAGAUGCCAGGAAGUAGCGAAGGGUUCCCAAAAAAUAUUGAUAAUUGGUCCUAAACUGAGUGGCAAAACUACAUUAGUGUAUGCCUUGGCUUCCAUGAACGGUGCCUGUUUAGAUCCAUGGUUAGCACGGAAUCGUGUGUUGGUGAAGCCUUUUCCAAAUAUUCUUCUUUUGCCGAGUCUAACGUAUUCUCUCACCGAGCUGCUAAUUAAAAACUGGAUGGACAGUUACCCCUCUAUUCCGUCCACCAUUAAUGUGACCAACUUAGCUCACAUGCUCGCAAAAUAUCAGAAACAUAGCUAUGGAUACCUUAAAAAAGCUUUAGUGGACUUUAUGACAGAUGAGAGACUUGACUACGAGCGCUACCUGAAAUGGUAUUUUGAGAAAACCCCAACAGGUAGAAAAGAGAAAGAACACUUUGAAGGCCAAUUACAUUUUAAGAAAAUCGUGGCAGAACUUGCAGCGAAAGAAGAAGCCAAAGGGAAGAAAUCAAAGAAAUCAGCGCCGAUUAGUGCUGCAUCCAGUAGAAGCGCUUUGUAA